UUAAUUUGAGAGUUGGCAGUUUUUGUAAGUGGAAGUAGAAAUGAAGUUUUGAGAUGCAUUAGCAAAUGCAUCUCCAACAGAACGGGGGUUUGAGGAAACGGAGUAGGACCCACUGUCAGUGUAAAGUGAUGUUAGGCAAAAAAAAAAAAGAAAAGCUUGUAUACGGGUAUAUGGUAUAAUACAACAAUGUAAUACUAAAUUUCUUUUUACUUUAUAUUAUAUUUGACCUUGGAAUUAGUUGUUUGACUCCAAUGUCCUCAUUUUAUUUUUUUUACUUUUCACAGUCAACCCAUUUUUCUUGGUUUACCAUUUUUACUCCAUUUUUUUUUUGCUUGAGAGGAGGUAAGUUCAGAGAGGGCGCGCAAGACUUCAUGGUCGAAAAUGGCAAGGAAGAUGCUAGUGAUGGAGGAUCCGGUGUUAACAGACCGUACGGAGGACUGUGAUGAGCUCUUCGGUGGUGGUAGCGGCCGCAUUUUUGGUGACGAUGUCGACAACAACGCUACCAUUGAAGACCAAGUGGAGCACGAUAGAGCCGAGGAAGAUGAAUUGGAGUUUGCUUUAGACGCAUUGCUGAAGGAGGUAAAUGUUGGAGAAGAGUCCUACAAGACUCCUACGAAAGGGAAGAGUACGGUGGCCAUUAGUUUUGAGAUUGAGGAGUUUGCAAAUGUAGAGGUUUCUCUUCCCCCUCCUAAUGUUGGAAUGGUAUUUGAUAGUUGGAAAAAAAUAGAUGAAUACUUUCGGAAUUACGGGAAGCAAGAAGGUUUUGGGGUGGUUCGAUCAAGUGGAACCUUUGUAGGUAAAGGUGUUAAUGCCAAGGAGAAGAAGAGUGUCACAUGGACAUGUGAGUGUUUUGGUAUGCCCGGUAGGAAGAGCAAGAAAACCGGUCCCACCUUUGUCUCGGAUUCACAAAUAAGUGAGGAACUUGUUAAAAGGAAGAGUAAAAAAGUUCAAUGCCCGGUCAAAUUAUAUGCAAAGGUGAACGAGGGUGGUGAUUGGGUAAUUGAUAAAGUCGAGCUAGAGCAUAAAGGUCACGCACCUACACCGGGCAAGUCCAAGAACAUCACCAAGUUUAGGAAGAAAUUCUUGAUGGACAACCCGCAUUGGUAUUGGGCGACACGCGACCUGUACCAGGUAGCGGUCCAUCAUUCCUCAGAAAUCCCAUGAAUUUCCACUUUCUAUAAAAUGGGGGAAGUUCAUUACUUAAAAUUUCCUAGGAAGUUCAAUUUUUUGUGGAAGAUCAAUUUUCCAAUCUAUACUUGUUUUUUGGUCCUCAAAUACGAUUCGAUGUCUAAUAGUUAUUUUCAUCAUAGGU